UAACUUAUCGACCAACAUAUGACCUAUGACCCAGAGUGAGAAAACAUGGCCGCCUCUAACAUGAAAAUGGACCGAAAGCAGCUUCUUUCGACCUGUUUACGGGUCGCCGGCUUCGUCGUGACCAGAUAUCCCUUCUGGCAUGCUCUGGUGCUGAUCAUGAACUUUGCAGAGCGCUCAAAAUCCAAAAAAUAUCCUGACUUGGAGAUUCCAUGGGUGUAUGCAGACCUCGGAGCCUAUGUCCUGCUGGCGUCUUUCACCUCCUUCAACAUUAAACGCCGCUGGUUUGCUAUCGCUACCGCCGUACAGCUAGCCAUCAGUAUAACCCUCUCUCUCACCAGCCAACAUGCUCCGUACUCUGAGUGGCUGUCUAUCCGAAUCUCCUCCAAAAGCCUCGCUAUCAUCGGAAGCUACCUGACAAUCGGAAGCGGCAUCGGGGAGAUGUAUCGGCGGAAGCCACGCGACCGAUCAACCCAGCAAAUCUCCCUAAUGUUCACGGGCCUCCAUCUUGUGUGCCAAGCAUACGCACUGUUCUACAGUAGAGAGGACAAGCAAGCGUUUCUUGAACACAUUUUUGGCGGUCAGCCUAUGCUGUCUAUCUUCACGUUUCUCCACGUGGCGUUAGGACUAGCGUUUCUUUCCGGAUAUGAACCCAAACUUUUAUCCCGAGCUCUGAUGGUCAUUCUGUUUGUUACGGCCACUUUUCUGGACACGGACAUCAACUAUUGGACGAGGGGUAGACAUGUGGAAUUUUGGGUACAAGUACGACUACUCACAGAUAAUUUGUGUAUCUUUGCAGGCUUGUCCAUGAUGGCUAUAGAUGGGUAGAGGCUUGAAUACUGUACUAGGCAGGCUUUUAGCCAGGCAUGCAUCCAGGCGUCAUUUGGACGCGCUUUUCUUAAAAUAACAAGAAAUUGGACGCACUAUAUACCCUUACACUGGGGGAGCAGAUCCUCUGACAAGCAUGAAAUUUUUAUUGACCAGGGAUGCCACCAGGUCAUUUGUGGUUGAAGUCUUCUACUGUGACCUCUUUCACGGUAUAUUUGCCCUUCAGGAUACCUUGGAAUGCAUCAUUUUACCUUGAGAUUCUCCAAAACUCUGCAACAUGGAAGGUGGAUGCCCAAAGAACCCGCUACAAUAGUCAAUUACUGCGACUCCCCAAGAUAAUUGGACCCCCUAGAAUAAAAUCUAAGCUAAAAGCCUGCUUGAAUACUGUACAAGGAAAAUGCUAGCUGUAGUUAUCUGUAGUUACUGGUAAUUGUAAGCUGUGAAUUCAAAACCACCGCAAAAAGUUUUCUUCUGUCUUUUGUCACUCUACGCCCUUGUUCCAACUGCAAAGUUAGAACCACCGCAAGCACUCCAUUUUUUCCCUGCCGCAAAAUUAAAUUCCUACAAACAUUUCCCCUCUUAUAGUAUGUAUUCUUACCAUUUAUGGUACCAAGGAGGUACUAUUCUAACCUCCUUGAUUGUACCAAAAUCAAAACUUGAGGAAAGCAAAAUCACAUCAGUAGUUUUUAUUGUUGCAAGUCGACAUGUAGUUAAGAUGAAGCCUAUGGCCUAAAUAGUUUCUGAAAAAUACUGUGUCUGUUGGAAAAGCAAUUAUUAGUGGAUCUCUAGUGGACUUUCUAGCUACCUUGAAAUAUUUCCUGUAAAUUGUAUACAGUAGAAUAGAUACAUCUACAUGUAUAACGUUACAAAGACUAGCAGCUGGUUUUGCAUCCAUGUAAGACUGUAUUAUGUAUGUUAACAUUAAGCUAGUUCUGUUUCUCAUGAAUUGUUGUCAAAGCAAAAUAUUAACAUUUAUUUUAUACUUUUUGUGUUAGUUAUGACACAAAAUGGCUUGUACUCUUUGUCACCAUAUGAUCUUUGCACUGAUUUACGUAUACAUGGAACCUGUUCCUUGUGUUCUUUCUGAUGAUUCAACCUUAAGAGUAAUACUAACUUAAAGUAGAAUGGACUCAUUCCUCAAGCUACCAACAUCUUUUGCACCACAGUCAUCCCUCGGUGAUUUACAUCUGGAGCCACAUAGUUCCCGUUUGGAACUUUUCUUCAGACUUGGUCACCCAGACCAGGUUUUGUUGCGUACAACUUCUUCUGUGGCUAUAGGCAUAAUGAAAAAAUGACAUGAAGUUGGCAUUUAUAAAUCUUUCCAGUGCAUACUUGAUAUCAUGUAUGCAUAGUAUGCUGCAGCAGGUAUAUAGCGUUAAGUGCAAACUUCAAUAUUUGUGUCAUUAAGCCUCUAGCCACUGAAAAAUGUUGGUAGCUUGAGUAGGUGGGUAGAUCACCAUACCACUGUACUUUGGAUAAUGUAAACUUAAGACACUUUCACAACCAAGGAACACAUAAUGUUUUCAAAGUCAGGAUCUUUCAUGUGCAAUCAUUAAGAUGACAUACAUGAAAAGACCAGAAGUUGUUGAUUUGAUUUUAUUGAUUUAUUUGACUGUGUAGAGAAAGAUACAGCCAGGGCUACCCAACUAGCCAGAGGCUAUUAUCAAGGGCUAGUCCUGGUAACUGUAGAAUAUACAAGCUUUACGUUUAUCAAUACAUGAGCUGUUGUUUUUUAACAAGGUUAUACAGACGACGCAAGAUACGGAUAACUUUAUAUACGGAGACAAUCUGUGUUUACUAGCUAGGCUAGACAUCGUACUAUCUGUGAAACUCAUCUAUGAUAGCUUUCGUACUUUCUGUGAUAUUCUAUCAGAAUAUGUUUAUUCAGAAUGGCUGCCAUAAUGCUGUUAGAUUAAAAAAAUCAUGAAAUAUCUUAAUCUUUUUUUCAUACUGCUAGCCUUGCGUGUAUAUGUGUGAUUUACUAGUUGUGUCCUAAAGUACACAAUCCAUGUACUCUAUGAAUUGCAAUGUUGUGAAAUAGAUAUUUAAGAAGUC